ACAACAAACAAUAGCGGCACCGGAUGCGGAAGGAAGCCCGCCAUUGAAGCAAAUCUCCAACGCGUGUGUUUCGUUGGAAAUUCUCUUCGAUUAAACAGCGAGUAUUUUCUUGUUCUGACCAUCGUUGAAUUUUGCUGAAGAAAAAUGGCGUACAGAGGACAAGGGCAAAAAGUCCAGAAGGUUAUGGUGCAGCCCAUUAACCUAAUUUUUCGGUAUCUACAAAAUCGCUCACGUAUUCAGGUGUGGCUGUACGAACAAGUGAACAUGCGGAUAGAGGGCUGUAUUAUUGGCUUUGAUGAAUACAUGAACCUGGUUCUAGAUGAUGCUGAGGAGGUCCACAUGAAGACUAAGAACAGGAAGCCACUGGGGAGACUCAUGCUGAAAGGAGACAACAUUACUUUACUGCAAAGUGUGUCCAGUUAAGACAACACACCUCUGGUCAUUGUUGUUUCUCUUUUUUUGAAAAUUGUUGAGUACAUUUGUUUUAGUUUCACAAUUCUGAGACAUUUUCUUUCUACUGAAUGAAUAUGUUUGGAGAAUAAAAUUUUGUUUUUCUUACGUG